AUGAUGGCGCAAUCACCACUCUCUGAUCCACUAACGCUGCCCUGCGGCUUGACCUUGCCAAACCGACUAAUCAAAGCGGCCCUCGCCGAGCAAAUGGCCGACUGUCAACAGCUUCCCACACCAGCUCAAUUCACCCGAACGUACGGCGCAUGGGCAGAUGGCGGUUGGGGCAUGAUCAUGACGGGCAACGUCCACAUUGACGAAAAGUUCCUCGGAGACCCCGAUAGCACCGCUAUGAACGGAAGUAUCGCGGAGGAGAAGGUUAUCGCGGCCUAUAAGGGGUUAGCUGAUGCUUGUCGACGGGCAGGGACACCAGCGAUCAUGCAGAUUAAUCACCCUGGUCGACAGUCCCCGUUAAAUGCUGGAACAAAGUCAUUUUGGACCAAGAAUCUCGCUCCGAGUGCUGUGCCUUUGGACAUGGGCUCGGAUUUGGUGUCAAGGUUGGCGAGCUGUGUCGUCUUUGGCACUCCCAAGGAGAUGACUCUCGAGGACAUCCAAACAGUCAUCCAGCGCUUCGCCAACGCGGCAAGGAUUGCUGCUGCCGCUGGAUUCGACGGAGUAGAAAUACAUGCUGCUCACGGAUACCUGCUUGCACAGUUCCUAUCAGCAAAGACUAACCUCCGAACCGAUGCUUAUGGCGGAUCAGUGACAGCCAGGGCAAAGAUUGUUACGGACAUCAUCAAGGCUGUUCGCGCUGUCGUGCCCGCAAACUUCUGCGUUGGCCUCAAGUUCAACUCUGCCGACCAUCAAUCUCCUACUGAGUUGCAAGAGUGUCUUGAGCAGACUGCUUUCAUUGCCGAAGCUGGCCUGGACUUUUUGGAGGUCAGCGGAGGAAGCUACGAGAACCCAACAAUGAUUAUGGGAACUGAGGAAAUUGCAAAGUCAGAAAAGACGGCAGCAAGAGAAUCCUUCUUCUUAGAGUUUGCCCGCGAAAUGAGAGCCAAGCUUCCAGACAUGCCACUCAUGGUAACUGGAGGCUUCCGCACUCGUCUAGGCAUGGAAGCAGCUCUAAAGGAAGGAGCCUGUGACCUCAUCGGCAUUGGAAGACCAUCAGUCCUAAACCCCUCUCUUCCAGUCAACACCAUCUUGAACGCCGAGGUCAGCGAUGAAGACGCCAAGUUGUACGCACGCAGAGUACAUGCUCCUUGGCUUCUGAAGAAGUUUGCGCCUAGAUCAGUUGGUGCGGGUGUUGAAAGCGCUUGGUAUAGUAAGCAGAUGCAACAGAUAGGGAGAAAGUGA